UACGAAUGACUCGAGAGUUGCUGAUUGUAGGCUACUUUCCGAUGUACAGUGACUCAAAGCGCACAACUUUCAGCGGCUGUUGGAGUUUGUUUUUUGUAACGGAAGUGCUCUAGGGUUUUCACAGGCUCCAUUAAGUGAAGUUUUGUUUGGAUAUCGUGGCCAGUAUGUCAGUAAAAUGCAGAGCAGCCAUCCAGGGACCAGGGCAGCGUGUUAAGUUCAGGGGCUAGCUGGCCUGCUGUACCCCCCUGUAAAGGGUGGCAGCUGGAGUGGCUGCUGGGAUGCUAAGGAACAACAGCAGCAGCGGUGGUGGUGGUAGUGGUGGUGGUGGGACUAAGCAUACCCAGGGUCUGCCACGACAUCUCUCCUACCCCCACACAGGAUCUCUGUCUGCAGGAUCCACCAAAACCUGGGAUUUGGGCCGCAGCUCCAAGAACCCCAAUCCUCUGAGCAGCAUGGGGCUAACAUCUCAUCUCGUGGGGGCACCAGGAGUGGAUCCGGAGUAUGUAAUGCAUCUGGUGAAUGAUGUACGGGGGUUUGCUGAUGUGUUGCUCAACCUAAAGGAGGCUUUCCAGUGUAAAGAGAAUCUGGAAGGUCUUCAGGAUGUGGUGCAGGAACGUUUGGCAGAGUUACUUCGCGUCCUCAAGUCCGUCAUCAGCAAACACCAGACCCUCAACUCCGUAGACAUCCUGGGAGCGGCUGGCACAGUCAUUGCCAAGGUCAAAGGCGUUAACUUCAAGGAAGUGAACCCAGAAAACACAAAAGCUAUAUUUGGCGAGAUACACACAUCCAUUGACACUUUGGCAUUCACAUUCGGCAAUGUAGUUUCUGACUUCCUUAUGGGAGAUGUGGACAACGGCUCAGGGUUGGGGAUCCCCCAGACCAAGAGAAGCAGGUCUUUUGACAAUCUCUCGUUGGAUCCCGAGGGAUACGUUUCAGAGAAAAGUGACCUUGUGGGCCCAGAGGUGCCAUUGUCACGGGAGGAAGAAGUUGACUUGACCCUGCUGAAGAAUGACAGCGGGGUGGAGUCUGCUUUACUCUACGCCAAGGCCUGGUCCAGGUACAUCAAAGACCUUCUGGCCUGGAUGGAGAAACGACUGGCUAUGGAUAUCGAGUAUGCCAAAAGUUCAGCCAAAAUGGCGGAGUCUGCCAAGACACUGGCCAGUCAACAGGACUACAUGCCCUUCAGUGAUAUCUACGUUUCCACAUUUAAAAACGACAUUGAAUACAAACAGCUGCUUACUCAAACGGCGAUGGCUCUUCAGACCAACAAAUUUAUUCAGCCUCUUCUGGGCCGUAAGAAUGAACUUGACAAGUUGCGGAAAGACAUCAAGGAGCAGUGGCAGAGGGAGCAAAAGAAAAUGCAAGAGGCAGCUGCAACCUUGCGUAAAGCGCGAGUGCUGAAGGCCCAGAAGAGAGAGGAGUACCAGAAAGCCCACUCAUCUACCAACCGCUCCCAGGAGGAGCAGUCUAAUGCUGGAAACAAACAGCUGGAGAAGAAGAGAAAGCUGGAAGAGGAGGCUCUGCAGAAGGCGGAGGAGGCCCAGGAUCAGUACCAGAGCUGUAUGGCUGACGCAGGCGUCAGGAGGAGGGAUCUGGCCAACGCCAAGAGCACCAUCCUCACACAGAUCCGAGAGAUGGUCUUCCAGUGUGACCUCACACUCAAAGCUGUGACAGUGAACUGGUUCCAGAUGCAGCAGGCGCAGACUGUGUCGCUCCCCGCCCACUACCAGGUCCUGAGUGAGAGUGCCAAGUUGUACGAACCGGGCGAAUGCUAUGCCGAGUUCGUCAGGAACCUGCCCAGAAAUCUGCCUAAAGAUCGCGUGAACUUAGACUCCACCUCCUCUGACAAUGCCAGGUUUGUGAUCAACAAAAGGUCAGUGGGCAGCACUCAUUCCUCCCACGGCAACUUGUCACAGGCAUCCAUCAACUCCUGUGACAUGCUGAGCGGAGACGAGGCGGACUGCGCCCUGCAGCGGCCGGCAAGGAUCAGGGAGCGGAGGUCCAACAGCAGCACGGACAUACAAGCGUUGAGAAGCCAGGCGACGCUGAGAGCCUGGGCCUCCAGCAGUCAGGGGAGCCAGGGCGGGAUGUGCAGCGACUCGGAGAGCGCGGGAGGCAGCAGCGAGUCGAGGUCAAUGGACUCCCCCACCGCCAGUCCAGGUGACUUCAAACGACGGCUGCCAAGGACUCCCUCCACUGGCACCAUGUCUUCAGCUGAUGACCUGGAUGAGAGAGAGCCACCGUCGCCCUCAGACAAUGGCCUGGCAGAGAUGGUGACCGAGACGGCCAGUUCUCCGGGUCCCUUCCGAAACGCUCAGAUGUCCAAAGCCGCUCAAACCCAUAAGCUGAGAAAACUACGGGCCCCGUCUAAGUGCAGAGAGUGCGAUAGUCUGGUGGUUUUCCACGGAGCCGAGUGCGAGGAGUGCUCUCUGACCUGCCAUAAGAAAUGUCUAGAGACGCUUGCGAUCCAGUGUGGCCAUAAAAAGCUGCAAGGCCGACUUCAACUGUUUGGGAUCGACUUUGCCCAAGCAGCGAAGAACAGCCCAGACGGUGUCCCGUUCAUCAUCAAGAAGUGCACGUCUGAGAUUGAGAGUCGAGCCCUCAACAUCAAGGGGAUUUAUCGCGUGAAUGGCGCCAAAUCGCGUGUCGAGAAGCUUUGCCAGGCGUUUGAAAACGGGAAGGACUUGGUUGAGCUGUCGGACCUCUCACCUCACGACAUCAGCAACGUCCUCAAGCUCUACCUGAGACAGUUACCAGAGCCAUUGAUCCUGUAUCGAUACUACAACGACAUUAUCGGCUUGGCCAAAGAGUGCCAGAGAGUGAUCGUGGAGGAGGCUGAUAAGCCUCAGAGCUCAGGAGAGAAGGGGGGCGCGAGCAUCCAGCUCAACAGAGUCAUUUUCAAGAUCAGAGACCUUCUCCGCCAGCUGCCUACAGCCAACUACAGGACUCUGCGCUUCCUUAUAGCUCACCUCAACAGAGUGACCGAGCAGGCGGAGGAGAACAAGAUGACGGCGAGUAACCUGGGCAUUAUCUACGGCCCCACACUGGUCAAGCCCCGACAGUCAGACGCUGAGGUGUCCCUGUCCUCCCUGGUAGACUACCCCUACCAGGCCCUGAUGGUGGAGCUGCUGGUGCGACACUUCCAAACGGUGUUUGACGCGUCGCUUCUGUCCGGCUCCGACAUCGCCACCACUGGCCAGGCUUCCCCCAGACUCACUCCCCAAGAGAAGGUGCAGCGGCUUAGCAGACACUCCACCUCCCUGAUGGACAUCAAAGAGAGUGCCAAAGUGUACAAAAGAUACUCCUCAGUAAUCCCAUCCUCACACAUCAUGAAUGAGGUUCAGGAGGUCCAGCCAGGAACAGACAGAACGGAGGACUCGGCGCUGGACAGACUCAACGGGAUCCAGACAUCCAGUGAAGGAGAUGUGCUGAGGUCGACCUUAGUGUUUGGCCGUCCCAGCACCACCGGCCCCUCCACCACCGCUGUGGCACCAACGAUCCAGCUGCGUACCCAGCGCAACACACAUGUGUCUCGACCCAUCAGCAUGCCGCUAGAACGCCUGCCCAACCCCGCCCAGAUCAGCGACAGGAAUUACCGCAACACUGCUGUUAAAGUCGACGCAAUCUCUGCUGAGCGGGGCCGCGUCUCUGAAUCUAUACAGGAGAUACCAGAGCCAGAAAAGGCUCGCCAAAGUGUCUCAUCGAGGGUUAGCACCUACUACAUCACUCCUUUCAUUGACACACAGACGAUGCAGAGGAGAACGUGGGACAGGAAGUACAAGCACUAUGAUGUCACGCCCAGGACUGCUAUGAUUGUGGCCAACCUGCCAUCCGCCAGCUCUGGAGUACAACCUGUGAAGGCGACGAUGCCCGUCACUGUUGGCCCGGCAGUAACCGCUGCCUCCGUGGUGCCUUCCACAAGUAGUGCGAGCAACAUAUUCUCCAACAACCCUUACACGGUGUCAGCCAAGGCUGGCUGGACUUCUAAAAGGGAAAAAGACUCCGAUAACUCAGUCGGUGAGUCCAGCAGCUCAGCAAACCUUCCACUAACGCUCAGGGCGCCGAGAACUCUGCAGCCUCCUCCCGGAACCUUCUACAAGCCGCCCGUUUCUGUUAACAGCAGAGCUAGCAUGCUUCCAAACUGGACUACAACUGUCACCACCGCCACCAGCGCAUCGCUCGCCCCCUCCAACCCUGCCCAGGUAGUCACCCCGUCCCCUGCCCUUGCAAGCCCCCCACUGACACGGCUCCAGACACAGGACUCUGCCGACAGCGCCAUUGACCCCGGGGGCUCGACCUCUGCUAGCCUUUCGCCCCCACAGUCCCCACCCCCCAGCAGCCCCGACGACCUCAGCCCCAGUGACAAUAAACCCGUCUACCAAAGACUGCGACCUCGACGGAUGCAGGAGCUCGAACACAGAGAGGCCCAUUUUGUCUGACGCCAAAAAAACCAACAACAUAUUAUAUGUGUAAAUAUUAAUGUAUCUGUGCCAUAGUGUAUACUGGGAAAAAAAAACAUGUUUUAUAAUACAAGCUGGAGAGGGGGAGAAAAUGUAGGCCUGUGAAAAUAAACCAUGAAAGUGUUAUAAGUACUAAUAUAUUGUAUUUUACAUGUUCAACUCAAAAUGUCAAUAGUGGUUGGUCGCUCAAGCAUUCAAAACAAAUAAAUACUAAUAAGUGAUGCCAACAUUGAAUGUUUAGUGUCAUGUUUUUAAAUAACAAAUGCAUGAAUUAUCCUAUUUUACGUCAAAGAAGAUUUGCCAACCACAAAUGAACAUCUGCCUAUAAAGAAUUGUAAGUCUUAUCAUUUUCCUUGUUUGACUUGAACCUUUCCGUUCAUGUAAAUUGAUAUGAAAUUGUAUUUUAUUGUAAUCACACAAUGCACUUAAUGCAGGUUCAAAUUCUAAUGUGCCUUUUCAAUGUUAAAGAUUGCUUAAUUUUUAUUCCAUAAGAAACGGAUGGAAGUAUUUUUAACAUGAGGUUUUUAAUUCAGAAGAAUUCAACUUUUUCUUUUUUCUUUGUCCUUUGAUGCCUGUGAUUGGUACAUCUUUUCUCAGUAUGUAAACGUUAUGUAUCUGUUUACGUUUUUUAUAUUCAUUCAUACAUACUGCAUGAUUGUCACAGUCGUUUUGUCUCAUCGCAUUAUUGUGACUAUACAGAAAGAAAAUGACUGCAAAUUAAAAAUGUAGUUGAAACUGUUA